AUGGCUUCCCAAUCCGCGUCGCAUGGCGUCGUGCUCCCCGACCGAAUCGUGCCCAUGCGCGUCAUCGUCUGUGGCGUCCAUCGUACAGGGACUCUGAGCAUACGUAGUGCCCUCCGGGAACUGGGUUUCCAUGACUGCUACCACAUGCACUCGAUGAUCGAUAACCUGUCGGACGCCCCGGAAUGGGUCCGCGCCUUCGAGGCCAAGUACGCCGGGAAAGGGACCUUUACCCGCGCGGACUGGGACCGUCUUCUCGGCGACUGCCAGGCCGUGUGCGACGCCCCUGCCGCGUUUUUCGGCGCGGAGCUCGCCGUGGCCUAUCCGGAGGCCAAGGUGGUCAUUCUCAACCGCGACCCGGAGCAGUGGUAUGAUAGCGUCCUGAACAGCAUCUACACCAUGACCAAGCCCAAAUCGCUGGCGCGCAAGCUCAAGAUGAUGUACUGCUUGAUCUUUGAUAAGAAUGUCGGUUACAUGUUUGCCUACAGCAAGUCGGUACGGGCCAAUGUGCUACAGUACGAUCACGGCUUGGAGAAGGAGAAGGCAUUGGCCUGGUACAACGCGCAGUACGCGGAGUUCCGUGAGCGGAUCCCCGCAGACCGGUGUCUGGAGUACACCAUCCAGGAAGGGUGGGAGCCGCUGUGCGACUUCCUGGACGUGCCCGUGCCGACGGUGAAGAACGAGGCGACGGGGGAGGCGGUCGAGUCCCCGUUCCCCCGCCUCAAUGACCGGGCGGCGUUCCAGGGCCAGUCGGCCAAGAUACUCGCCAGGAGCACGGCGAGGGCCAACAGCAACCUGAUGAGCGCCUUGGGGAGGCUGGCGCUGACGGGAGUCGUGGGGUAUGCCGGGUAUCUGGCCUGGAGAACCCGGCUCGGUGGACGACCCUAG